UCCUUCCAGCCCCUGGGGUGGGGAGGAGAGCAUGCCAUGAAGUCACAGGGAGAGGGGGUUUCCUGGAACCCCUACCUUGAUCACAGUGGGGUCAAGGGGAGUUGGGGAGGAUCUGCUGCUUCCUGUCCGACUGAGCAGAUUCCAUUCCACCCCCUUGGAAGCCUGUAGCAGGCCAGUGGGGGCAUCACUGGCAAAGAGGCUUGUGCCUUGUCCCCACCCCAGGCAGGACGCCCUUAUCAGGGUCCCCAUACUCCCCUGGGUCGGCUGAUACCGCCAAUCUCCCUGGAGACAGCUGGUCCUAUUGCAGGGAGGCGGGGGUGGCAUCCCUGCUCUGUGACCCAGUCUCCCUCCUGCUCCCCAAAGAAGAACAGUCUCUUCCAACUGUGGAUGGUUAAGAUACGAUCGCUUUCCUUCUGCUGCGAAUGUCUCUGGCUAGACAGGAAGAACAGCAACUCGCAGGUCGUGGGCUGGUCCGGAGAGAAACUGAGGUCAUCUCUGGGAUGCUGUGACCCCUUCUCCUGCCUCCUCUGCUAUUUCUCUGUCUCUGCUGGAGGAAGGUGUGUGUCUGUUCCUGUGGGAGGGGGACAGCAGAACCCUGGCUGCCGGAGAUGCAAGUGGCUGUCUUGCCUUUGUGCACACGUGUGUGUGUGUGACCACGAGGGUGUCAGUGGGUAUGUAAGAGGUCUCUGUGUCUGGCCGAGUGCGUGUGUGGGUGUGUGAGUGUGUGGUGCCUGUCCUCAUUGAUCUCCCAGUCCCCCGCACGCCUCGAGCCAAGCAGAGAGGGUGACCUUGAAGAGGCCCCAAGCCCAGGAACACCAUGGCCUCAGCUGCCUCCGUGAGCAGCCUGGCUGAUGAGGUCAACUGCCCCAUCUGUCAAGGGACACUGAGGGAGCCAGUCACCAUCGACUGUGGCCACAACUUCUGCUGCGUCUGUCUCACCCGCUACCUUGAGAUCCCCUGCCUGGAUCCGGGGGAGCUCCCCACCUGCCCGCUCUGCAAGGAGCCUUUCCGCCCAGGGAGCUUCCGGCCCAACUGGCAGCUGGCCAGCGUGGUGGAGAACAUCGAGCGGCUCAAGCUGGGGUCCCAGCUGGGCUUGGAGGAGGAGGAGGACGUCUGUCUGGAGCACAGGGAGAAGGUCUACUAUUUCUGCGAGGACGAUGAAAUGCAGUUGUGCGUGGUGUGCCGGGAGGCCUGGGAGCACCGCCACCACACCGUGCGCUUCCUGGAGGAUGCAGCGGGGCCCUACCGGGAACAAAUACAGAAGUGUCUUGAGUGUCUAAGAAAAGAGGGAGAAGAGAUUCAAAGAAUCCAGUUAAGAGAAAACCAAAGGAUACAAGUCCUCCUGACUCAGGUGGCCACUAAGAAACAAAAGGUGAUUUCUGAGUUUGCACAUCUGAGCCAGUUCCUGGAGGAACAGCAGAGCGUCCUCUUAGCCCAGUUGGAGAGGCUGGAUGGGGACAUCCUGAAGCACCGGGACGAGUUUGAUGUCCUAGUCGCUGGGGAAAUCUGCCGGUUUAACACCCUGAUCGAAGAAUUGGAGGAGAAGAACCAGAGGCCGGCAAGGGACCUCCUGACGGAUAUCAGAAGCACUCUAAUAAGAUGCGAAACCAGAAGAUGCCGGAAACCAGAGGCUGUGUCCCCUGAGCUGGGUCAGAGGAUUCGGGACUUCCCCCAGCAGGCCCUCCCACUGCGGAGGGAGAUGAAGACGUUUCUGGAAAAACUCUGCUUUGAGUUGGAUUAUGAGCCAGCUCACAUUUCUCUAGACCCCCAGACGUCCCACCCCAAGCUCCUCUUGUCUGAGGACAACCAGCAGGCUCGGUUCUCCUACAAAUGGCAGAACUCGCCAGACAACCCUCAGCGCUUUGACCGGGCCACCUGCGUCCUAGCCCACAGUGGCUUCACAGAGGGGCGACACACAUGGGUGGUGAGCGUGGACUUGGCUCACGGGGGCAGCUGCACUGUGGGCGUGGUCAGCCAGGACAUCCGGCGGAAGGGGGAGCUGCGCAUGCGGCCUGAGGAGGGGGUGUGGGCAGUGAGGCUGGCCUGGGGUUUCGUCUCUGCCCUGGGCUCCUUCCCCACACGCCUGGCCCUGGAGGAACAUCCCCGGCAGGUGCGGGUGUCCAUCGACUAUGAGGUGGGCUGGGUGACCUUUGUCAACGCUGUCACGCAGGAGCCUAUCUACACCUUCACUGCCUCCUUCACCCAGAAGGUCUUUCCCUUCUUUGGGCUCUGGGGCCGAGGGUCCAAGUUUUCCCUGAGCUCCUGAAAGGAUGCAGCUACUUCCCCUGAGCGAAGGGCUCCAAGAGAACACUGUAUGGACUUGACCCUGGCUGGGUUACUUGAAAGAUUUGGAAUAAUAAUUACUGCUUUAUGGUAUGAUAAGAGUCAGGACUUUGGCAAGGGACAAGGUGGAAUGGCCUUCAAUCGCUGAUCAAGACUUUUCCUCAAUGCCCAGUGGAUGGGACUCAGACCAGUGCUGGCUUUCCUCACCACCAUCCCAGCAGUAGCUGUGGAGAGGAAGAAAUACCGGAUUUGGAGCCAGAAGACCUGGGUUCUAGACCCAGCUUCAUAGUCAAGUAGUUAUAUGAUCUUAAACUAGUCAUCUCAACUCUCUUCACCUGUGUUUUCUCUUCAAAUAUUAGAGUUCAUUUACUCAUAUCCUUAAGUACAUGGUAUGCUAAUUAUGAACAAAGCAACAUGGUAGCCACUGGUGAUAUGACAAGAAAAAUAAUUAAAAACUUGUCCUGUA